ACUCCACCCUCCAACCCCUCCUCGGCACUGCUCCCAGCAUCCUCUUUUCUCUGCUUCUCUCUCUUUCUCUCUGAAGCUCAAACUGAUAUUGGGAUAAACGCACAUCUGGCGGUUCUGUCCUCAUCACUAACAUCAGCACAGCGCGGCCCGGGGUCCAGCAUGUCGGUGUCGAAGAAGCACGAGAUCUUCUUUUGAGCGACCGCUUUAUUUGUGCCGCGCGCCCGUCUCGCCUUUAGUCCAACCGAGAAAGAUGGCCGCCGCCGCCAAGCUGCUGACCAGCGCGGGCCUGCUGCUGGCGUUCGGCUCACUCUGCCUCCUCGCCAUGGCCAUCUGCACCGACUACUGGUACGAGACGGACGCGCGGCGGCACCGCGAGCGCUGCAAGAGCUACGCUAGCAACCGCAACGACCCGGGCUACAUCUCCAUCUCGAACCGCAACCUGCCUCUCCGGAUGCCGCCGGAAACCGGUGCUGGAGAGCUGAGCAGAGAGAAGCGGCACCUCGCUGCCCCGCUGGCGGCUAUGGAGUCGCACUGCAGCCGCCGGUUCAAUUCCACUGUAUCGGGUCUGUGGAGGAAGUGUUACCGCGACGGCUUCGACCUGGAGACGGACGAGCUCAUCUACAGAGGUGUGAUUCAGAGAUGCACUCCAGUGACAUAUCACUACACCUCCUCCAUCCUGCCCCGAAAUCUACCAGUCAACAUCACUAAAACCAUCCGGCAGGAUGAGUGGCAUGCUCUGCAUCUGCGCAGGAUGACUGCAGGCUUUGUGGGCAUGGCUGUCUCCAUCAUCCUCUUUGGGUGGAUCAUCGGGGUGCUGGGCUGCUGCCAGCAGCACGACCUCAUGCAGUAUGUAGCUGGCCUACUCUUCCUCAUGGGAGGAACCUGCUGUAUCAUCUCCCUGUGCACCUGUGUGGCGGGAAUCAACUUUGAGCUGUCACGGUAUCCUCAGUACUUGUACGGCCUUCCCGAGGACAUCAGUCACGGAUACGGCUGGUCCAUGUUCUGUGCCUGGGGUGGUCUGGGUCUUACGUUACUGGCUGGCUUCCUGUGCACACUCGCACCAUCCCUAAGCAGCCCCUCAACCCAUACAACCGUCCACAAACCAAGGCAUGAGAAUGGCACUGUGUGAGAAACUUUCCCACAAAUUUUACACAACAUCAGCACAGGAUGCUGGUCUGGUCAUCAUCACACACACUCAGACUGCUGAAAUCACUCCACUAUCCAGUUUAACACCUCUCCUCAGCAUCAGGACAUGAGUGCUGGAGGUAGCUGGAUAAUAAUAUUCGUCUCCUGCAUGGCAGCUAGUGACGUGUAACUGUACACAAUAAAUUAGAUUGAGCUCUCACUGUCACUCCUCAAGCACACUAAAUAAGACACAGUCAGGAUAGUUUCAGCAUAGAAAAUGUAGACAACCAGACACAUACACACACACACACACACAAUAUACACAUAUAGACCAUUCCAACUAAACAUUCCGCCAUCCCAAACCUAAACUGAAAAAGAUGUCCAAAAGGCGAUUUUUCUAUUUCUUUAUGAACAUACAUCUUAAAAUGGUGCUCUCUGUUCUCAAUACCACAUGCACAAACAUUUAAAGAAGUCAGGACUAGCAGGGACAAACACCAUCUUGAAGCCAUGUUUUUUUUAUCUCUGAGUAGACUGUAUUGCAUUUUUUGCUUUUGACCUUUCGAGAUUUAAAUCCUGAUCAGGACUUGUAUAAACACCACCAUGGUCCGAGCUCUUUGUGCUCCAUCAAAAGACUGACCUUGUAGCAUUGGUAAUUUCCUAAAGCCUCUAUUGCAGCAGUACAAAAAAACUAGCCUGCCACAGCAGUUCCUGAUUAGAGCUUUAAAAAGAGCUAUAUCAGCAAAAAAAAAAUAAAGAAAAUGCUACACUGGUAUUCACUGAGCCGAAGGAUCUGGACUUAUCGCUGUAAAGACUGUGACAUAAGGCUGAGGACUUUACUGAGAGGAGAACAGCCUUGAGACCGAGGAAAGGAUGUGUGGAAUUAUGAGAUAAAAGAAACAUUAAAGGUUGGAUUGAUGCAUUAGUGAAGUAAACUUUCUAGGGCCUCUAAAGUCUGUCUGUAUAAAUCCAUUGUUUCUGUAGAUUUCAUCCCACUGUUUAUAUGAAAUAAGGCUUGGCAAAGAACGGGGCUUAAUUUUUUUCUUUGUUAUCAUGCUGACACUGGGCAACCUCACUGGUUUGAGGGAUUGGAAACGUUUCAAUCCUCAAGAGCACGCAGUAUAAAUAAUUGAGCUGACUUUUAUAACAAUGCUUCUCUGAACAUCACGUCUUGUAGAGCGGAAUUGCUGUUGUGAGCUCACAACAGGAAUCCUAAUUAUUUAUGACCAAUUAUAAAACCAGAGAAAUCACCUUUAUAGUUGUUUUCUCUCCCACGGGGCUUUCGGAUCUUCCCUAUAAAAGCGUGAAGCCUAGGAUCCAACUUGUACACAAUCUGAAGUCUCAUAAAUAACACUGUUUAGAUGAGUGGUGCAUACAAAAGUGUCCUAAUGCUAUAGUAAAGGUACAUUGUAUACUGGUAUGUAACAUACUAUAAUGUUUACAUUACCCAGACUACACCUUGGCCACAGUUGUCAGGGGUGGGCUAUACAGCAAAAAUGUUAUAAUGAUAUACAAUAUGUAUAACAAUUCUUACUAAUGAAGUGCCUCCAAAAAAAAAGCCACAUUUAAAUUAAUUAGUGUUAUAAAUGUCAGUGUUAUAGUAGCAAAUAAAUUUAACUUACACCACAGCGCUGUUGAGUUCUUGAUUCUUAUAGGAGAGAAGGUGUUGAUUAAUUUUCAAUAACAGCAACUCUGAGGGUAGUGCCAGCUGUAAAUCAAACUACAGGUUUAUAUUAAUGUGCUCAUUUUAAUACCCUAUCAUCUGAAUCAGUUGUUGCUCUCAUAAACAUUAAAAAAAAAACUUGUGUAAUUGUUGAUAUAGUGAAAUUUUCUGUAGGGAGAUACUUAGUUAGCAUAUUUGGAAGGAGUCUUCAGUGUCAGCAUUUUUAACAGUCAGAGGUACAGCUGUAACUUGAAGUUUUCUGACACAGGAAAGUCUUCAGGACUGUGCAGUUUCUUGGUAACAUGACAAGCUGCAUUUGUUUCUUCCCAGCUAAAAAAAAACGAGGGGCUGGUGAGGGAAUGAGUGUUUAUAGCUGCUAUAAUGUAAGUGAUAACAGGAACUAAUAUAUUUUUCAGACACUCCACAACAUUAAAUGUAACUAUAGACUAUUAAAAUGUAUGAAGUAUUGUUCUUUAAUGGCAAAUUACUGUGGUGUGAGAGAAAUAAAACACUUCAGGAAAUGUUGUUAUGGAGGUCAACUUUCGGGUGAGAACAGUUGCGCUGCACCACCCUGUCAAUGAUUAUCUUCCUUUAACAGCACACUCUGUCGUGUUUCAUUCCUUACAUAAUUUACUGAAAUAUCAAUUUCAUAUUGUAUAUAGUCCCUGCCCUACUUUUAUUCCUCUGUAAUGAACAGACUGGGGCUCACAGAGCUGUGCUGAAUUCACAGCGAACAGGUUCUAGGUUGUAAGACGUCUCCAACAAAAUUUUGAUUCCAAUCAGAUCUAGACCUGCUUUUCUACAUGCAGUGCACCGAUUUGCACAUCUUUUGAUGUAGAUAUGGAAUGCACUAAAGAUGGAGAUUACUAUAGCACUACAAGUUUUAAAACCUGAGUACAGCACAUUAAUAUUACUUUUCAGGAUUGAAUAUGAGUUUAAAGUCACAGCUGCAGUUAUUGCUCUGACUUGUUUAAGUGAAAAAUCAAUAGAAAAUUGUCUAAUAAGCAACUGAUAAGAGACACAUCAACUUCCUUAGCACACAAAAUGUUGCGAGAGAGUGAAAAAGCACACCGUAUGUGUUCAGAAUCACCAAGCAGCUAUAAAUCAGAAAUUUAUACAAUAUCCGCCAUUUAUUUUGGCACCGGAAGUAGCACCAUUUUCAUUUUGUAUGAACUGUUUCUAAGGGUUCAUUUCAUGAAGCACAGGAAUCAUUGUCUCGCAUGACACUAUUAUGGUGAAUUUAUUUCAAUGUAUUGAGAGACUUGUGUCCAUUUUUAAUCUGAUUUUUAUUUUACAGGAAAUAAAAUGUAAAUACUGUGUAA